AUGUGCAAUCCAUACUGUUCUCUUGCCCAGUGGCAGCUGCAGGAGAAGCGUACUUACUUUACCUGCAUCCUAGAAAAUCCCUGGCAGUUUCACUUUCCCUCUGUGAGCCCUGCAGGUGGUAACAGCACGAUGCAUCGCAGAGUGUCACAGUGGUUUCAAAGAAAUGGACCUAUGAAUAUCAAUCACUAUGCGAAUAAGAAGAGUGCUGCAGAGAGCAUGUUGGACAUUGCCCUGCUGAUGGCCAACGCAUCCCAGCUGAAAGCCGUGAUGGAGCAAGGACCUUCUUUUUCCUUCUACAUCCCACUUAUCAUUCUUAUCAGCCUGUCACUCACACUGCAAGUUAUGGUGGGAGUGCUCCUGAUAUUCCUUGUAAAAUAUGACCUUAACAACCCUGCAAAACAUGGAAAGCUGGAUUUCCUCAACAACCUUGCAACUGGACUAGUAUUCAUUAUAGUAGUUGUGAAUAUUUUUAUCACUGCCUUUGGAGUGCAGAAGCCAGUUGCCGAGUCAGCAUCAGGACACUAAGCACAAGAGACCUGAAGUAUUCAUUCUAGAUGCCAUUUGCACUUGAGCCAGCUACACUUGGACACAGUAGGGAAGAAAAAAAUAAUCUGAAGAAGCUGGACAUACCGAGCAGCUUUCUCAAGUUUCCAAGAACCAGCACAUUUGUGUAUCUAAAUUUUUCCCAUGUGUUAAUAUUUAAAGUGUUUGGCAUCUCAGAAAAGGUUGAUUAUGACCAAAGGACAUUGUUUUUCUGGAAUAUUGUAAUUUCAAUUGCUGUAGAAACUAACUUUUUCAGGAAAGUGGCAUAAGCUCAUCAAAGUACUAUCAACUGGUGGCACUUCACAGGACUUCCCUCUUUCUGUGCCUUUUGCUUGUGUGGCAAUUUAUCAUUCCUGCCGUGGUAAGAAAUAGCAGGCCUUCAGUUCUGGCACGGUGACAUCAUCCUUCAUUUCACUUGCUUGGUACCAAAUCUGUGUGCUCCAUAGCUCAGCAGUGGUCUUCCUCUGCAGUGUGCAGAGAGAGCUGUGCCUUGUUUUCUUUUUUUUUCCACUCUAGCUAAAGCAAAGAUGAGACAAACAGAAACAGCAGGCUAUCUUUUGCCCAUUCUUGCUCACAGGUACUCAUCUGUUUCGUCAUCUCUGGACCACAUUUACAAUUUCCUCUCCUUUGUGCAUAGACACACAAAUAACCUAAUUGCUAAUAGUUUCUUAAUAUUAACUGCUGUAGUCUGUAUUCUGUGUAUUAUGUAUGUUUCUGGAAACCCUGUUAGAAGAGCUACCUUUUCUAGGCCUGACUAGAAAACUAGAGGAUACAGGGUGAACUUUGUCUGCUAAACAGGUACUGAGUGCCUGUCAGCAAUUCAAGUAGCAAAUUUAAAGAAGUUUAUCCCUUUGUAACUUACUUUUCCCUCUUCUCAAGAUUGACUGCUGCAUUUGUGUUACUCUUAUGAGUUUAUGGCUGAAAGCAUAACUGAUUUUUUAAUUUUUAUUUUUAAAUAUAUAUAUAUAGAUAUAAAUAUCUUCUAGGUUCUUACCUGCCAACUCAGGGACUGACGCUUUUUCUAAAUACACUAUUGCUAGUAAUGGUGUAGGUCAUAAAAAUUUCUAAAACAGAAACAUUUCAGUCAUUUUAUUUCCAAAGUGUCUGCAAUCAGAAAAAUCUUGGUUUUCUAGAUUGUGCUUAUUUGUAGUUGCAGAUUUGUACUAAUAUAUUUCCUUACUGUUAAUUUUUAAAUGCUCCCUUGCACAUAUUAAUAGAAGUUUGACUUCCGUAUGUCUCAUCUCAUUUACAAUUUUUAUUGAUCACUUUUCUCUUUAGUUGUGUCUCAAGGCUCAUUGAUGUACCAUAUCUUCAUUUACAUGUUCUGUAAGAAUUACUAACAGAAAACAAAUCAGAAACUUGUGUGAUUAGUAAUAGAAUAGACAUUAUUUUUAUUUUUAAAUUCAUCUUUUGUUGCUUCUUUGCCAGCAUAACAUGUAUUUAACUAGUAACUAGCAAGCAAAGAUUUAAUUGUGCGUGUUGUACUAAUUUAAACAUAGCUCAGAAUAAGUUCUGAAUAAGGUAUUCAGGAUAAUUUUCCUUAUUUAUUUUUCACAAACCAGUGAAUUGUUGAAGGACUAUUCCUACAGACUUGUGCUAUUGCAGUUAUGGUACUGUAGUAUAGUGAACUGACUGGCCAAAUAGCAGUGCUGAAAACAUUAAAAAUGCAUUUAUUUUGGAGAAAAUAGGUGACUGUAGGCAGAGCCCUUCCAAGUGUGAAAUUUAUCUGUGGCUCAACAUCAGGCAGUAAUUUUGAUGAGAUUCUGGACUGUACCACCUUUGUUACCUUUCAACUUUUUACUCACUGGAGUAUUUGCCCAUCUGUUUCAGUCUGGAGAUGUUCUCUGGAGGCAGGUACUUCUCUUCUGUACAGGAAACUUUGUACCAAAGCUAGAUGUCUGAAGUAAUUGCUUUGUGUUAUCCUAAAAACAUUACCCAUCCAGAAGUUAGUUACUUUUAACUUAGGUAUGAUUACUAGGUAUUUUUCAUGGCCAGAUUUGCAUCUUUCUACUUUUUAAGCAGGACACAAAAAUAUGAAGAAAUGUGUUUCUGCCACAUAGGUGAUACUCUCAUUUUUUGACUUGGCCUUACUACCCCCAAAGGCAGAUGCAAACAGAUGUCCAGGCUCUGCUGACGUUUACCGUAUUUAUACCUAGUGGUGAUUUGUCCCAACUUUGAAUGUAGUUUUCCAUUCCUGUGUUACUUAUGGUCCUUUUUUUUUAUGAGCAUAAUCAUGUUUGUCUUGCACUGAAACCCUUGAAAGCAGUCAGAGUGGGUUGCAGUGCAGACAUACCAAGUCUUUUCCCAUUUUAUUCCCCUCAUUAUUGGACCAUAGUUUUUCAGGUUACUCAAGCAAACAAGCUGUUACAGUAGGUUUCUUCUGAAAAAGGUGAUAGCUGUUCUUAUAGCAUCUUUACUGCUAAGCUGUUGUCCAACAGAAACUACCAAAGCUUGUAUAUCCCAUCCCCCAGCAGCUUGUGGAACUAGCUGGAUCCAAAGCCAGGGUGGGGAACACUCACCAGGCAAUGACUUGUCAACUACAGAUUCCAAUGGACUUUGCAAGACACAGGUUUUGAGACAUGCAGGAGGGAAAGAAGGAAUACUUCAAGCUUAAACACGUUGUUGGGUGCCAAGGGCUGGAUGUGGAGAUCUGCAUUGAAGGGGUGGGUUUCUUCUCACUUUAAGUCUGCCAGAGCCAGACUCAGAACAAAACC